CCAGAAGGGCAUUUUGCCAUCAAUACGCAGAGCUAGUUCUCAAAGGUUCAGUAAGGCAAGUUCCAACCUCUAAUUUACAGCUUUUACAGAUGAGGCAUUUUACUCAGUAGAGGAGACUCCUUGCAGCGAUUCACGGUCAUAUUUCAUUACAAAUAUCUUUCAAAUCUAUGCGCACGGUCUGUAGUCUUGUUGAUUAUGUGCUAUAGCAAUCACAAAUGUGUUUGUAAACCAUGAACACGUGGUCAUUUGGAGUCAUUAGCUUGAUGGGAUUAGGCAGUUUGAUAAGGUAAGAAAUUUUUACUUUCCUAGGGAAAGAGUGAAAAUGGAAGAGAAAAAGAAAGCAGCAUCAAAUUAUGAUAAGGCAUUGUUGCAGAGUAAGGAGCUGUAUCAGUACAUUUUGGACACAAGUGUGUACCCAAAUGAACCAGAGCCACUUAAGGAACUGAGAGAAGUUUCUGCAAGCCAUCCAAGGUAUUGGAUGGGCACUGCACCAGAUGCAGGUCAAUUGAUGGCAAUACUACUGAAGCUUAUCAAUGCUAAAAAGACCAUUGAAAUCGGAGUCUUCACCGGAUACUCUCUUUUACUCACUGCCCUAACAAUUCCUGAAGAUGGCAAGAUAAUAGCCAUAGAUGUCGAUCGCGAGGCUUAUGAAAUGGGAUUUCCCGUUAUCGAGAAGGCCGGCGUAGAGUACAAAGUCGACUUCAUUAAGUCCGAGGCUCUCCGAGCUCUAGAUGAUUUAAUGGAAAAUCCUGAUAACGAGGGGAGCUUCGAUUUUGCCUUUGUCGACGCGGACAAAGUCAACUACUUGAAUUAUCAUGAGAGGUUGAUGAAACUGGUCAAAGUGGGUGGACUAGCCAUCUACGACAACACCCUCUGGAGAGGAACAGUUGCGAUGCCUGAAUCUGCAGUUGGGGAGAAAUAUAAGGAGGGUCGAAAUCUGCUGCUUGGAUUCAACAAAUUACUGGCCAACGAUCCUCACGUCCAAAUUUGUCAUGCUUCGAUAGGUGAUGGGAUGACAAUCUGCCGGAGACUUCACUAAGCUUUUAUGCUUGACACCCACAUAAUUGUUUCUUUCAGUAAGGAGAUUGCGUUCGCCAUAACUUCUUAUAUCUUUGGCCUGUUGUUGUCUUGUAUAUUGUACAAACCACAACAUUUAUGGAUAGGCCAAAAUUGAUGUGGUCAUCAGAAAGUUCUAUGAACAAUUAAUAAAUAUUGUUACUGCAGAAACAUUCAUAAAUAAUAAA